AUGAGGGAUCUCGCAGGCAAGGUCUCCAUCGUCACCGGCGGUGGCACGGGCAUUGGAUUGGCUAUUUCCUUGGAGCUGGCCAAGGCCGGCGACGCCAAGCUCGUCAUUGCGUCUACCAACUCAGAGCGUCUCGAGGAGGGCGCUUUGGAGCUACGCAAGGCCGGUGCGGAGGUCCUUACAGUCGUGUGCGACGUGUCGAAUCGCACGGACGUGCAGGCACUGCACGACAAGGCCGUGGAGAAGUACGGCCAGGUCGACAUUGUGGUGUGCAGCUCGGGCGUGACGACCGGUGGCCCCUACGUCAAUCACCGCCCGGAAGACUGGGACUGGGUCUUUGGUGUGUGCCUUUACGGCCCGGCCUACUGCAUACAGGUCUUCUACCCUGAGAUGGUUGCCCGUAAGUCGGGCCAUAUUGUCCUUGUCGGUUCGCAAGCCGGCAUGAACCCCACGUGGUUCGCCCACCACGGUCCGUACACAGCGGCCAAGUCCGGUGUCAUGGCCCUCGGUGCGGCCCUGCGCCUUGAGGCUCUGGAGCACAAUGUUGGCGUGACUAGUGUGGUUGUCGCUGCCACUACUACGAACAUUAUGAAGUGCGAGCGGUCGCGGCCUGAAAAGUACGGCAAGUCGCAGCCAUUCGACGCCGAGAAGCGCGCAGCACGCCGUAUCCCAUCCGCUGACGUGGGCCGCAUGACGGUCCAAGGCAUCAUUGACAACAAGGAAUGGGUUGCAACACACCCGGAGCUGAAACAGAUGCAGAAGGAAUACUUUGAUCGUAUCUUGGCCGCAUACGAUCACGAAGGUUAA